AUGUCUACAAGUAAUAAUCUCUCAGUCGAUAAUGUGGAAGAAAUACUUUGUGCUGAACCUUACAGAUUCCUUGAUGGACCAGCAAGAAGGAUCAUAACGUUAAUUGAUAGUUUGAACAUCAAAGGAAGUUCUACCAUAUAA